GCCCCGUCCCUGACCACCCACCCCGUGCCAGGACGCCUACAACACCGUGGUGCGGUACUUCGGCGAGAGCCCCAAGACGACCCCCCCGUCUGUCUUCUUCCCGGUCUUUGUCCGGUUCAUCCGCUCCUACAAGGACGCGGAGCAGGAGAACGAGACGCGGAAGAAGCAGGAGGAGGUGAUGCGGGAGAAGCUGCUGGCGCAGGAGGCUAAAAAGCAGGAGAAGCGCAACAAGUGGCAGCAGCAGGAGCUGAUCGCGGAGCUGCGGCGGCGCCAGGCCAAGGACCACCGGCCCGUGUACGAGGGCAAGGACGGCACCAUCGAGGACAUCAUCACUGCGCUGAAGAGCGUCCCCUUCACCGCCCGCACGGCCAAGCGGGGCUCCCGCUUCUUCUGCGACCCGUCCCACCACGACGAGUCCAGCUGUUAGUCCCCAGCCCACAGGUGCAUCCGCCUGUAGCCGGGAGAGGCCGAGGACCCACCCGGGGGCAGGGGGGGCUGGGGCUGCCUCAGUUUCCCCUCCUCACCCCCCUCUGCCCCACAGGUGCCCGGGGAAGGCUCUGUCCUGUCCCGACACCAUGCAGGGGUUGGGGGGAAACGUCCUCGUGCCACCGUCCUCACGGGUGACACCCCCGUCCCUGCGCCCGGACCACCCCCAGACCACCCGAGACAGAGGCCAAAUCCAGCUGUGGUGGGACCCCAGCGCCGAGGGCUGACCCGUGGGGUGCCCUCUCCCAGUUGGGGUCCCCUCAUCCCUGGGGUGGGGGGGGGUGUCACUGCUUCAGGGCCCCCACCCCACCGCAGGGACCACGGGGACCCCCCCAGCCCGCGCUCGACACUUUGACCACUGAUGUGAAACACUAAGUGCCAAAAAAAAGGGACCAAAGCCAGGCCGGGGGGGUGUGUGGGGGGAGUGGCAGGAUGGUGCCCACUGUCCCAGGACCCCCCCCGGACCCACCCCUUCGCCCCCCAGUGACUUUUUGUACAUGUGAAAUAUAUGGAGUCUUUUA